AUGGUUGCAAAUUCAGCGAAAGUGACACCAAGCAAAAAGUCACCGAUUAAAACAAUCAGUGCUGCCAAAACUCAAUCGAAGCCUCAAACCAAAAAACGAUAUCUUUGGGUGAUUAAAUUGCAAUGUCUUCCAUUCGGAUUUUUCGAAAAUGAGCUUCUUGGAUAUUUCCGUCAAUUUGGAUCAGUUAUUCGAGUCAGAGUUGCGAGAUCUACUAAGGUAAUCAAAUAGCUUAUUAAUUUCUUAUUAGUCAUUCAAUAAUUACAGACUGGAAACCAUAAAGGCUGGGCUUAUGUCGGUUUCGAUAACAAAGAAGUGGCUGAAAUUGCCGCAGAAACAAUGAAUGGUUAUUUGAUGUUUGAACACCGGUUAAUUGUUAAACUUAUGAAGCCAGAACAAAUCCCAAAAUGUAUGUUGAAAGGGUCCACACUUCUUCCUCGACCAACAUACAAAGGACAAGCUAAACGUGAUGCAAUCAAAAGAAACAAGUCAGAUGGAAAAAAUGACGCUCGGGAUUUGAAAAGACGAAAUAAAAAUCUUCAUAAAACUUUGACUAAGUUGAAGAAUAUGGGAAUUGACUAUGACUUCUCAUCGUCACCAAGUAGUGCUUCAAAAGACAAGGAUAUUCAAGUUAUCCCGAAAACCCCGAAAGUUGUUAAGGUUGUAACACCAGUUGUCACUCCAAAACAAGUUGCUACUCCAACAGUGAAAACUCCACAAAUCCAAAAAAUCCAAGAGCAAGAAAAGACACCAAAGUUCUCACCAAAAACUAGAGCAGCCAAGAAAGCCGCAGCAACUCCAGCUCCAGCGCCACAACAAUCCUCGAUCCAGAAGGUGAGUCUAUUCUAUUCUGACAGUCACAUUUCAACGUAUUAAAUAUCAGAAAUGACUUGAUUUCAAAUAAAAUAGUUUUGGAAUGACACGUGAUUUAGUUCACGUCUGUUCAAAAUAAAAUUCCAAUUUUUUAUUUCAGGCAAUUCAAAAAUCAGUAGCAGCGAGUGCUCGUCCAGCUCCUUUGGAAAAACGAACUUUGCGCGGAAAGAAGAAGAGUUUGUGA